CAAGAGUGCGAGCAGGCCGCGCGCCGCCGUUGCCACGGCAACGGGACGAGGCGAGCUGUAACGACUAGUCGGCGACAAUCGCCGGGUCGGGGGUUGGCGCGGGAUGGCGGGGAUGGUGCUCUGCGAGCCCCGCCACCUCUACAACAUCCUCAACCAGCACCGGCGGGUCCCCCGGCUGGCGGAGCCCAGCUACCUGUGCCUGCUGGAUGCCCGUACUCAGCGUGAAUAUGAUGAGAGCCAUAUUAUUACAGCACGCCGGAUUGAACAGAGUCCUACGGGGGAGUAUCUUGUACCGGAUUCUGAGGAGUUGGGGUGUGUCAGAUACUGUGUGGUGUAUGACUGCGAGACCAGCUCUUUGGACUAUGACUAUGAGGAAGAGGAGAAAGAAAAAGGGAGCAGUGCAGAAAACACCGACUCAAGUUCCAUAUGUUCACAGAAUGCUGAGGAAGGAACUGCUGUCCAAUACGCCAGAAGCUUCGAGCAGUUCACCCGCCAUCCUGUGCUCAUCCUGAGGGGAGGAUACAAGCGUUUUUCAGCUUGCUAUCAUUUUCUGAGGACUCAGAAGAUAUUGUGGAUGCCUCAGCAGGAACUAGACAACUUCCAGCCAUACCCAGUAGAAAUACUGCCUGCAAAGUUAUAUAUGGGCAAUUUCAAGCAGGCCUGUGACCAACAAAUUCAGAAAGAUCUGAAGAUCAAAGCACAAGUUAACAUCUCUGAACAGCCUGCCACACUGUUUGCAGAAGGCGGCAAAUAUCUCCAUAUAUCUGUUCCAGAUUCGCUCGAAGCAGAUCUUUUUUCUACCUUUGCCACCAUUUGUCAUUUCAUAGAUACUCAGCUGGACCACGGAGCGGUGCUGGUCUUCUCCAGCCUGGGGAUAAGCCGGAGCAGCACAGUAACCAUGGCCUAUCUUAUGCAUUCCUGCCAGUUUUCCCUGAAGAGAGCUUGGCACUACGUUCUGAAAUGCAAAACGAACAUGAGACCACACCGGGGCUUUGUGAAACAGCUCUCAGACUGGGAGACCCAAAUCUAUGGGACCACGAUCACAGACAUCUCUGAACCAAAUUACUGACAGGUAGCAAAGAGAACACCCAGCAGGGGAAGGUGUUUCCCUAUCUGUACCGGCAUGUCAGUAAAAAGUUACUUGAACUCUGGUUGAAAAAUAUCUUAACAUAAUGGAAAGGCUUUCAUCUUUAGCUCCAUAUUACUUGGGGUCAAGUUUUGGAGCCAUUAGGGGACCUCACCUGUGCUGUAGAAAGUGGCAGUUUGGGGAAAGCAGGUCCUGCGGGAUGUGGCCCAUUACACACUGCUCGUCUCUUUUGUAAGCGAAGAGGAUUAUAACUACGUUAUCGGGCAUACUCCUUACCCCAGGUAUGGGGAAGUCAUUCGGGUUACCUCUGAAAAGGUUCAUCGAUCCAUAGCCUGGGAUGGUAAAUUUAGAGUCUGACUGCACCCACGUGCAGCCCGGAGAGGUGAAGACAGAAUUUCCUCAUUUCAGAAGUCCCUCCGCUCUGCGUGUGCCUUCUCAGCUACCCACAGACACGGACACGGCCUCUCGCAGCCUCGCUGGUUGGAUUUUCUAGCAAGGUCACGCUUCCCACCUGCCACCUGCUCGCACAACACCCAAACCUCUUGGCAUGGCUGGUAACGUUAACCAUCAAUCCUGUUGCGUGACACCUAAACGCAGUACUAUCCUCUCUCUUACCGCA